AUGGCCCGGCCUGGCCCACGGAUGGAUGCGUGCGCAUUCCCCGCCCUCGCCGCGCCGCCGCUCGCGGAUGGGACCCCGCACGUCGCCGCGUUCGAGUGCACGGUGCCCCAUCGGUGGGUCACGUUCGGGGACGCGGACCUCGAGGUGCUCGUGCGCGCCUGGCUCGCGUGCGCCUGGUUCGCGCUCACCCGGCUGCUUGUCCGGCACUCCUCCUUCCUGGACUACUCGGAGUCGUCGUCUCCGGCUACCCAACCUGGGCCGGGGUUGUGCACGUGCUUGUGCAUCGAGAGUGAGCCGGACGCGAUGGCGCGUACUUGUGGCACACGUGGAGGGGUGAACGUCAGUGCAACGGGUGGGGGGAGAUGUGGAGAGCAAUUCUCGGGCCACAAUUUUUGA